AUGGCGGCCGUUCAGGAACUGGCCGAGCGGCUCAAGGGCGACGACGUCGUCUACAUCGACACCGAUGCUGGCAAGGACGACACCACCGCGGACGGUACCGAGUUCAAGCCCUACCAGUCCCUCGCCUACGCCUACAUCCAGAGCCACGGCAAGGCCACGCCCACCUACAAGACCCGGUCGUCAGUAAAGGGUGCCCUCGCCGAGGGUGAGGACCCCUCAGUCCGGCUGCUGUGGAAGGAGCCCGCCAAGAGUGCCGUCAAGAAGGCCGAGAGCGCGCUCGCCGCGCACAAGAAGAAGCUGGCCAAGCAGGAGCAGGCCCAGGCCGCCGAGGAGGAGCAGAAGAAGCAGCGCCUCCAGAACCUCGAGGAGGCCAAGAAGAUUGUCCUCAAGCAGGACACCUCUCUCCCCGAGGCCGUCAAGAUCAAGAUUGGACGCAAGGACAUUGAGCUCGGCGAGGGCGACAAGAAGGGCACCCGCGUCAAGGUCUCUGGCAGAAUCCACAGACUGCGCCAGCAGAAGCAGGCCACUUUCAUCACGCUCGCCGACGGCUACGGCUACCUCCAGUGUGUGCUGCAGGCUGGCGACCUCACCAAGAACUACGACGCCAUGCUGUUCGCCCAAGGCACGUCCUUGACCAUGUAUGGUGAGCUGCGCAAGGUCCUCGAGGGCCAGAGCGCUCCCGACGGUCGUGAGCUCCAUGUCGACUACUACCAGGUCCUCGGCACCUCGCCCAGCGACGAGGAUGCCAUCACCAACAAGGUCUCGGCCCAGCAGAACCAGUGGGAUACCCAGAUGCUGGACAACAGGCACCUGGUCCUCCGUGGCGAGAACGCCUCCUCCCUCAUGAAGAUCCGAGCCGCCACGGAACGGGCCUUCCAGAAGGCCUACGACGACAUGCAGAUCACAAAGGUCUCCCCACCAGCGCUUGUCCAGACACAGGUCGAAGGUGGCGCUACCCUCUUCAGCGCGCCAUACUACGACGAGACCGCCUACCUUACCCAGUCUUCUCAGCUCUACCUCGAGACAGUGCUGCCCAGCCUUGGUGAUGUCUACUGUAUCGAGAAGUCCUUCCGCGCCGAGAAGAGCUUGACUCGUCGCCACUUGUCCGAGUACACCCACGUUGAGGCCGAGCUGGACUUUAUCGACUUCAACGACCUGCUGGUGCACUUGGAGGAGAUCAUCUGCCGUGUCAUCGACGAUGUCCUGGCCGACCCCGUGAUUGCUGGCUACAUCAAGGAGCUCAACCCCACCUUUGUCAAGCCCUCAAGACCUUUCAUGCGCAUGAAGUACUCCGAGGCCAUUGACUGGCUCAACGCCCAGGAUCCUCCCAUCCCCAACGAGGACGGCAACCCCCAUGUCUUUGGUGACGACAUUGCCGAGGCCGCUGAGCGCCGAAUGACAGACAUUAUCAACCGCCCAAUCUUCCUGACCCACUUCCCCGUGGAGAUCAAGGCCUUCUACAUGAAGAAGGACCCUCAAGACCUGCGUGUCACUGAGAGUGUGGACUGCCUGAUGCCUGGUGUCGGCGAGAUUGUCGGUGGCAGCAUGAGAAUGGAGGGCUACGACGAACUGCUGGAGGCCUACAAGAAGCAAGGCAUCGACUCCAAAGACUACUACUGGUAUACUGACCAGCGCAAGUACGGUACCUCUCCCCACGGUGGAUACGGCCUUGGUCUUGAGCGCUUCUUGGCAUGGAUCGCCAACCAACACACUGUCCGGACGACUUGCUUGUACCCUCGCUUCAUGGGUCGUUGCAAGCCUUGA